GUAAACAAGUAUGGCGACAUGUGAGCGGGACCCAGCCGAGGGGCUCUCAUUCGGAGGAAAGAGGCGCCCUUUAGAUGAAGAAGUUACCAAAAUAUCAAUAGGCAAACGGCAGUUUAAAAGAUGGUGUAAUUUUAAGAUCAAAAUCAAUUGCACUCGCGACACGGAAGCAAUGCAAAUCCUGCUAGACCAUUGGUAUAAGGCAUUUCCAGAGCAUGAUACCAAGAGGAAAGGGAGGGGGAGAAGGCCUGCAUCUACAGUGGGAAAUGGGGCUUUGCCUGACACAGAAACACAGAACAGUGAAGAUGAAGAUUGCGUAACAUGUACCAGUAUAUCACCCACAGAACAAGUACAGACAGAGAUGGAUAGCAUACCAUUAAAGAUGGAGGUGGAUGAUGAUAUUGUAACUGAGGAACCAGAGAACACAGAGAUUGAACGAGUACUAAGUCCGAGUGUGAUGGUCACAGAUGAUAAUCUGAAUAAAGAAAUCAAAAGUGAAGAAUUGUGGACUCAGAAAUUCUGUUUUUUAUCAAAUUGCAAUCAGCGUGUUGUACCGAGGCAUUAUGAAGUCAAGAGGUUAAAUGAAGCAGAUCUUGGAAACAAGGUAGUGAAUUUUACCAUAGACGAAAAUCCGGCAACAUUCCGAGAAUCCAUCCUCAGUGCAUGCCCACAAUUGAGGAAGGCAGGGGGAUUUGAACUGUUGAGAAGGAAAAGCAAGUUUGGUUUAGAGAGCAUCUCCGAGCCCCGUAGUGGAUUUACCACUUCGUAUUUGAUGGAGGAAAACGAGCUGAACGGAAUCAUUUGUUAUGUUAGGCCUCGAAAGAGUAUUUCAGUGAAAGCCAUCGAGGAUGGUCCAAGGAGACUACGAAAUGACCUCAGUUUUGCUCAAAAAAUAGAGGUCCUAAAGCUCCUAAAACAAGGCCUGAAGCAGACAGAAGUGGCCAGGCGCCUUGGUUCUUCCCAGUCCGUGAUCUCCUUAAUCGCUUCCAAAGAAAAGGAGAUUUACUCCCAUGGGAAUAACUUAAAUCCCAGUAGGAAACGUAUACGACCCGGAAAAGCUGCAGACGUGGAGGUCGCCCUGACGUGCUGGUUUAAAAAUGUUUACGUUCCUGGUAAAUACAUUCCCAAUACUAUAAUAAUGGAACAGGCAGAACUACAGGCUAGGAAGCUAGGGAACAUGUCAUUUACUCCUUCCUCGGGUUGGCUCAAUAGGUGGAAACUGCGGCACAAUAUACCCUCAACAGCAUCGGUCAAGAAAAAACGCGAUCAAACUCGGAACAAAGCGACCAAUGAGGAAGAAGUUUCUCAACAGGAAGUUGAAGAAGAGGAAGUAGUUCCUGAGGAUGCUGAAAGUGAGGCUGUAUCUGAAGAUGAGGACUCGAGAUGUCAGAAUGAUGACUCGAUAUCUCAGCGAGAUGGGGCCUUUUCUCACAGUGAAGACUCAAACCCUCAGUACACUGAAAAGAAAGGGGACAAGCAGAGUGAGGUUGCAGAGAAAACAAAAGAGAAAUGCAGAAGCGAUGGGAUCUCCACAACCAAAAAUUCAGUGGAAACUCCCGAGUACCCAAGGCACAAGCGUAAUGACCUAAGCCUAAAAGACCAAAUGCGUGUUGUAGAACUUCUAGAUCAGAAAGUCCCACAGACAAAAAUUGCAAAACAACUAGGAUGCUCGCAGUCCUUUAUAUCCAAACUCUCUAGCAGGAAGGACGAAGUCCGUGCACAGUUUUUGACUUCCGAGGAUCUGAAUCGGAGAAGGAACAGGAAGGGAAAAGCCCCAGAUGUCGAGUCUGCACUGUUGGCCUGGUAUCAAAGUCUCCUGGAUCAGGAACCAGAAAAACAGAUAUCAAGGAAGAUGUUUAAGGACCAAGCUAAAAAACUGGCUGAUGAGUUUGGAAUUCCACAUUUUCCUGCAAGCGAUUCAUGGCUUUACAGGUGGAAAUGCAAGCAUAAAUUAGUGGAUCCGCCUUUCUUGCAGAAAAAAACAAAUUCUCCUGAGAAAAAUAACCCAACACAAGAAAAUGUCAAUGUGGAGAUGGAAAAUUCUAUAUCUGGAUCACUAGAUCAACGUUCAGAAGAAGAAGAAGACCAGGAGGAUGUGACAAGCGAGGGCAUUGUGUCCAGUGAACUGUGUGGUGAAAACAAUAUCUCAGUGAUUCAAGAGCAACAGCUGUGUCAGAAUGUGGAACCCAGUGUUGAGGCUUCUGCUAUCCAACCUGAAAAAGAUACAUCAGGAUCAUCUACCACAAAUAUUCCUGAUUCUGAAAUGACUGAGCAGGUUGAAACUCAUAAUCUUUUAGGAACAUCAGAAAAAGAUACAAGUACAUCGUCUGUAUCCAAUAUUCCAGGGACAAAGUCACAGGAGAGUGAUGCUGGGACUACUACACUGGACAAACAGUUAGAGACUCAGAAGUUGUUGGCCACAGCUUUCUUGCAUUCACUCAACAUACUUGGACCACAGACUUCUGCUCAAGGCAGUGGCUCAGUUGUUCCACAGCUUAGUGGAUCAGCUCAGGAGAUGAUGAGGAACAUAUUGGAGCUAUGUCAGACUCCAACACAAAAUCCUUCUACUCCAACCAAAAGCCAAGCAGAGGAACCAAAGUCUGGAGAAAGCUUGGUGUCUCCCUCAGGGGUAAAUACCAGUAUGACAACUCCAAAACCAUCAACAGUUGUAUUAGGUAAUCAGAACUGUGAUGCACAUGGAAGUGAAAUAGCUGUUGGUCAACUUGGGAAGCUUUCACAGACUAAAAUAUCAGAUUCGGCAUUUUUGAAUGCUGGUACGUCUUCCAUUGCACAGAGUUCAUCAUCAUCCUCAUCCAAAGCUGUUUCCAGCACUAUAUCUAAAGAACAGGCAAACAAUUCUGUGAUAGCUUCUGUGCCUUCAGAAGUGCCUGAGGUAGCAGCAUCAUCCACCAAUGUUUCAAAUACAUGUCGUUCUAGUAUGAAUCAAACAAUAGGGACUGUAUCUACUAAGUUGACAAAGACUCCCAAAAAACAAACCUCAGCCUCUAAAAGCUGUAGUACCCCAUCAAAGUCCAAAUCAAAAGUGAAGGGAAAAUCUACACCUUCAUCCAAUGUGCCUGAAGAGCCAAUGACUCCAAGAUACAGUACACGUAAAAGGACCGCCAACAAGAUUGUACAGAAACUAGCUGAGGAGGAGAAUGAGUCAGACAUGGCUGACGUGAACGAUGACAGUGAUAAUGAUCCCAACUGGGAGGAAACAGAGAAAAAGAAAAAAUCAUCCCACAGCCACAGGAUUUCCAGAGAGGAGUCCGACUCGGAUGUUUCAAUGGAUUCUGAUAAUUUUUUUGAUUCUGAGGAAGAUGAUGAAGCUUUUGAUGAUGAUGUUGUUGAUGAAAAAGGGCAGGAAGAUUCUGCACCUUCAUUGGAUGGGCCUUACACUAACGAUUUCAAACGAAAAAUAAUCUUGUAUGCUGAAAAACAUGGCAACAACCAAACUGCUGUUAGAUUUCAUGUUGACAAGGAAUUGGUUUGGAAUUGGAGGGAAGAGAAGAACACGAUAUUUUCUGUGAAAGGAUCCUCAGCAAAUGAUGUUCACAUAGCCGGGUCAGAGCUUCAGAUAACAGAUGCGGAGAUAGACAAUGCUAUAUCAAACCUCAGGUCAGUACAAAGAAGAAGCUUCACCUCGCAAUUCAAACUGGAGGUCGUGAACUACGCCAUUCAGACAAACAAUAUGGCCGCUCAGCGAAGGUACGGAGUGGGUGAGAAACUUGUUCGUUACUGGAGAAAACAGAAAACCAAUCUUGAAAAUAGUAAAAAGAACUUAAAGAAGCUUAAACCUGGCCGAUCUGACUGGCCUGAUCUUGAUGCUUUGUUGAGGAGUUGGUCUUUUGAACAAAUUGAGUGGGGGAAUGUAUUGUCUGUGGAGAUCAUACGCCAAAAGGCAAUUGAGUUUGCAGAGAUGUUGAAAAUUGACGAUUUCAGUGGGUGUGUGACAUGGGUGGCUAGGUUUUUGAAGAGGAAUAAAAUUUCAUUGAGGGGCCUUGAAAAGGAGAGAAAGCAGAAAUUGAAUGGAGGAGAUAAUGGACAGAAAUAAAUGAUGCUUCAAUGUCCCUUUCCGAGACCUACUCACCUUUACAUGUAUGAUGCAUGUACAUAUACAUGUACCACGAGAAAAAUAUUACAGUUCUCAGGUUAGCUUGGACUUUCAGUAAGGCGUGACUUUCUCGGCGCUACGUAAUGGCAAAUACUAGUAGAUUCUCAUUGGUUAAGACAUUAAUAACAUCAGGAACUUUAAAAAAAUUUUGUUGACAAAUGAUUGGACGACUUAUGCCCCACCUCUGUGACGUGAGAGAACUUUUAAUUUGCUAUUUGCUACACCAGUUGACAUUCGGCCGAAUUACAAUCCUAUGUAAAUUUUAACAGUGAAGGAAAACUAUGUAAAUUUCAUAAGCUAAUUAGGAAACGUCAAGAGUGCCACGUCUUACUGAAAGUCCAAACUAAACUGGAAAUGGUCCUAAAAUAAAACUUUGGCAAUAAGUCAAGAACAGCAAAAAUUUUAGGUGGGUUUCUCAAAACCU